AACAAAUAACAAUCAACACAUAUAAAUAAAAAAGUCUGCUGUUAGAGUAAUUAUAGGAAUGAAUUAAAGCACCUGUCUGGAGUCGAGUUGAAACACAUAAAUAAGAAUCGAGUUUGACUUUAUUUGAAUUAAUUUGUUAUUUACGUUUAUCAAACAUGUAUUUCAAGUAUCUUACUAUUUUACCAUUUCUAUUUGGCUACGGCUUCUGCGAAGACUGUUUGUUGCAUUAUAAACCAAUACCGGAAAAUAAACAAGAGUUGCUACAUCGAAUAGAUUCUUUAAAAAGUCAAAGGUUUGGAGCAUCUUCUGGAGGAUUUACCUACACUGUGAUGAUUUGUAAUGAAAUUUCAAAGAAUCAACCAAAUGCAGCAGCAACCAAGGGACAUGGGGGUGACAAGAACUCACUAGUUAUUGGUCGCUUUAAUGAUACUCAUAUUGUUGGUGGAAGUGAAUGGAUCCUGUUGACUUAUGCCAGUGGAGAUGUCCUCAAUAAAUCAGAUCACUGCAACAAUACUGCAAUGAGGACAUCCAUCAUGAUAACUUGUAACAGAGGCUCUGAUCAGGUAUUAUUCGCACUGGAUGAUGAUGAUGCUGUCGGGGAUUGUCAGGUGACGUUUACACUCAAGACUCCUGUUGUCUGCUCAAACACUCCUCAUGGAUUAAGUAAAGGUUCUGUCUUCUGUGUUUUGUUGCUGACUGGUGGGAUGAUGUACCUGAUUGUUGGUGUAGCAUAUCGAAGAAUUAUGACAGGGGCUCAAGGCAUUGAACAGAUUCCACACUAUUACUUCUGGCGUGAUUUAGGCAAUUUGCAAGCGGAUGGAUGUAAUUUUGUAUGUCGCAAGGGAAAUGGUAGAGAAGAGCCUUGGAACAGAAUUACAAGCAACUUCAACGAUCCAGCAGAUGAACCAUUACUUCACCCUUAGGUUAAUUUUAAUUCAAUUUAUGUUAAGUAAUGUUCCUUUUAAAACUACCAAAGAAAUUAUAAAAUCCACCACUAUCGAUGUAUUGUAAGCUUUGUUGUAAAGCCUUUACAGUAAUAUAAUUUAUUUUAAUCAAUCAACAAUGUAUUGUAAAGUGUAUAAGUUUAUUCUCAUGCAAAUAAGUUUUAAAAAUCUUAUGUGGUUUUGCUUAUCGUAUUUACUUAUGUAAUACUUAAAAGAUAAUAGUAUUAUAAACAAAACUGUUUGCAAAAAAUUGUAUAGAAGUCAAUAAUUAAAAUGUCUGGAGUUAAUAAAUGCACAAUUAUUGUACAAUCAACUUUUUUAAAUUUAGUUUUUCAACACUUGCUUUAUUAAAUGUUUAAUUUUUUUAGGACUGAGGACCAGGACUAUUGGUUGCUUGUUAAGACCUGCAUAAUACAUAUGCAGGAUAAUGCAUACAUAAUGCAUAUACAUCUGACAGCCAAUGAUCUGUCAGCAAACGUGAGACUGUUGAGUUGUGUAGACUAUUAUAAUCUCUUCUUGCUUGUAUUUCCUGGUUGUUGAUAUGAUAAAAUUAACACAGAAAAAUUAGUAUGAAAUGUUUUGGUGAAAAUUUGGAAACAAAUUUCUAAGAAGUAACCAAAUUAUACAUUAUUCAAUAUUUAAUUCAAAGUUGUAUUAAUUCAAUCAAUUUAAUUGAUGUAAGCAAUUUAUCAUUUGACAUGUUCCACUGAGUUGUACAUGGCACAAAUAAAGAUAUUGAUUGAUAGUGCUCAGUAGUGUUGUCUUUUUAUAUCAACAAUUGGAAAUAGCAAACAUAAAUACAAUUACAAAAUUGUGAUGGUCCAUUGACUCAACAAUCUUGGCAGUCAUUGGCCUCUCAGGUUUAUGUGAACCAAUUUGGCUGUCUGCAUAGCUUGAUAGCUGCCAUAUUGGGUUAGUUCGCUUAUUUAGUAUACAAACCUUGGUAAAUGCACAGUUUUCGUUGUGCUCAUGUGAACAAACCCAUUGGUGAACUUACUCACAGUACUGUAUUAUUGGAACUCCCAGGAAGGUUGCUAGACAGUUUACAAUAGCCUACAAUUAUAGUUCCAGCCAGGUCAACAUUUACCUCGUGAUUCAUUUCUAAUUUAGUUGGCAGUGUAAAGCUGACACAAUAUAAUAAUCAUUUCACUUUACUAUAGUGUGAAAUGUCAUAUAAAUAAGAAUAAGUAAUUCUUUUUGGUUGAUACACAUUUGUACUUGUAUCUUUUUAUGAACCUAAAUCUAAUUGUUUAUGUAGAGUGUCUGAGACAAAAUAAGUGGUAGUUCAACUCUCAUGUAUCUCUUUACUUAAUCUCACUCUCUGAUAGUUCUAGAGAAUAACUUUAAAACAUAAACGUAACAUAUUGACUAAGACAAGAUCAACCACUUGCAAAUGUAUCACUAUAGAAGGUUACAAUUUUGAACACUUUGAUUAAUUUAAAUAUCUGGGAGUAAUAAAUCAAAUAUAAUUAAUAAAAAAAUUUAAAUCAAGAAUAGAUUAAAUCUAGCAAGUAAACUUUAUCUGUGCAUUUAUGGAACAGGAUCCUUAGUUCAAAGAUAAAUAUAACACACAAUAUGUCCACUGUUAUUAUACAGUGCAGAUAUAUGGGUAAUGAAAAAAAAGAAGAAAUAUAGCUCAUUGUCUUUAAAAAAGGUGUACUAAGAAAGAUCUAAGACAAACAAAGAAAAGUGGUGAUUGGAGGAUUAAACACUAAGAAGAAAUAAGACAUCUGUACAGACACAAUGAUUUGGUAGCACAUGUAACAAUGAGAGAACAAGGCUAGUUUCUAAAAGAAAUUGUACUUAGAAAGAUAGAAGGAAGAAGGCUGCUAAAUAUUUGCAUGCAGAAGGUAGGGUGAGGCCAUGGUAGACAUUUAAGUGAGAGGAAGCAGAGGAUAUAAGAAGAUGGAGAGCAUUUGUUAGUGUAGCUAAAUCCCAUCUUGGGAAUAGUGUUGACCAUGGGAGUAAGAGUAAGUUAUCAAAUUUGUCAUUACAUAUAAAAAUUUAUUUGUUUUAUUUAACCCCUUAAGUACUUUCUUAUCUCAGAUCUCUACCCUGCGCUGGGUGUGUUUUUUUGGUCCCAGAUAUUGUAAUGGACUAGACAAUUUAAAUCAUAACAAUUUUAAUUUAUGUUAGAACCACUGUACAAAUUAUACAACAAUUUUAAAAUUGUAAAAUUUAAUAUUUACAGGUUUUGAGGGGAAUGGUGGGUAUGAUGAUUAGGGGAGGUGGUAAUUUUGGAAAGUUUGAAUAUUUUUUUAAAAAAAUUGCUUUUCUGGCAAGAAUUAAGACAGUGUUUUUGAAGGGGAGGGGCCUUCAUGGAGGGGAGGGGAUCAAACUUUUUUGUAAAACACAAAAAUGAGGUAAAAUAUUAUUUUGUUAAGAUUAUUGAUUAUUAGAUAGUAAUUAUGUCAUCAAAUCACAUCAAUAAAAUACAAUAGUAUUAUGGUGGAGUGCAAAAAUAUACAAUAUAAUACAAAAAAUAAUUCCAAAGCUACGUUUUUAAGAUUUUAUCAAAGUUUAGAAGUAUUUGAGAAAGAAAGAUUACAGUGAUAAACAGAAAUAUUUUUGGGAUGAUACCGGCAGAUAAUAAAUUAAUUCAAUUUAUGGUCAAUCACAUGUUUGUUUACAACACAGUAUCAGAAUGAGGAGGGUGGUAGGAAAUAAUGCAUGGCAGGAAUCUUAGAUUUGUCCAGUAGCCAAAAGACAAUGAGACACCUCAUAUAUCAAGUAUGACGAUACAAUCUUUGGUUUGAACCAGAAAAACAUGAGAAUUUUAUAUAUAUAGGUCUUCAGCACUUUCUCACUUCUCGGCUACAGAUGUAUAUAUGCCAAGAACGCUUAAGGGGUUAAUAUGCAAUACAUGUAUCUCUUAAAUAUGUGUAAUAUUUCUUUAGAAAUAUAUUAAUUUAAUAUUAUGAAAUAAUGCUUUGUUGUCUAUACUUCAUAAAGAUUUUAUAAGUUGAAUUCUUGCUCUCUUUCAGUUUGUUAAUUUAUGCUUCAAUUACCUGUGAUACUACUUAAUUAAUUAUGAAAAAUUUGUGAACAAAUAUUAAAUAUUUUGUAUUAAAUUUUGUCUGCCAAAACUAUGAUGUGUUUUUAAUAAAUUAGUUGUUGAAAUGAUUUCUUUGUAACCAUAAAUAUCUUGCAUUUGUGUACAUAAUAAACGUGAAUAGCAUAAAAAUAUAGCUAAAAGAAUUCUGUCAUACUAAAUUUACAGGAUUAAACACAGACUGUUGACAUUAUAACAUUGUUUACUAUUAUGCCAGAGGUUAGAUUAAAAUUACAUUUUCUGAGCCAAAGAAUUUUACCACCAAAUAGAGUGUUUGUUCAAUCAGGUAGCCUUAUAUUUUUUUCUAAAAUUUUAAUGAUUUUUAUGAGUUAUAUGAUGUGACAUAAUGUUUGUAGAAAUGUUAAACCAAUCAAUAUAUGUGGACUUUUUAUAUGAAAUUCUAGACUAUGGUGGUAUUGUAAUCUAUUACUGAAAUUCCUAAUAUUAUAAUGUUGUAUCUUAAAUUUGCAACUAUGCUUUAAUAGGUAAUAUUACAGCAUCAAUAUUGAGUCUAAUUGUUAGAACAAAUAUUAAGCUAUGAAAAAGCAAAUUUUACAUAUCCUUUCCACCUUAAAUUUAGCAUAAUCCAUACAGCCUGCUUUGGAAAAUUUAAAAUUUGGAUGAAUCUGCCCUUGUCUAUUAUGCAUAUUUCAACGUUAAUAUAGGAAUGAACGACUGCAAAAUGUAUGGGUUUCAGUUUUUUAAAUUAACCAUCUUUGACAUUCUUCUCAAAACAAAUAACACAGAUGAAACUUUAGAUAAAACGUUAUUAGUGUGACCUGUCCAGUCGAAGUCUAAUCAAUCCCAAAUACUUAGCACUGUUAGUUUUAUCCAGCUUGUAGUCAUCUCUUAAAUUUGGGAACAUGAUUUAUUUUGCAUAACUUGUAUCUUUUGGAAGUUAAUUACAACUUUUUGGGGGAGGUUUUUUCAACUAAAUCAUAAAUAUCAAAGAAUUCUAGUUUAUCUAUAUUGCCCUCAGUUUCAAGAAGAUUUGUAAUGUCAGGAUAUUUGUUUACCCUCAUAUUCUACUAUUUAUGUACUAUAUAAGUAAUGUUUAGUACUUUUAUAUAUAUAAGUAAUGUAUGACACUAUUCGAUGUACUGUAUUGUACAACUAAUGAAUAAAGAAUUAUUGAUUGAUUGA